GGAAGCGCCUGGGAAACUGAUAAGGAGGACGAACAGGUCUGUGGGGCCGUCUUUCAGUCUCGAUCUCGAGGGUCGAAGUUGGCAAUUUGGACGAGUGACUGUUCAGAUUCCGAGACAGUCAUGCGCAUAGGCACCCGCAUGAAGUCUGUUGUCCAGCACCAUGAACCUCUUUACUACCAAACCGUAGAGGAACAGAAGUCUCUAUCAAGGGGUGUGGAUUACUUAUCUGCAACAUUCAAAAUUGAAUAA